UGUUCUAAAAAAAUAUUCGCUGCGUAUGAACACACACCAGAGCACUUCCUUCAGUAGCUGAAAGAGCCACGGAAUAGAGCACCUGGCAAGAUGUUUAACAUUGUUUUCAUACAAUAACUGUCUGCAUUUUUGCGGAACUGAAAAAAAGUCUUAACCAACACUCUGCUGUACCGGCCACGGGGUGAACCCUCGACAAUCGUGAAAGAGGAGAGCAGACGUGUGUGGUGUUGACGUGGCAAGGACAAGACGCCAUUGUGAAAAGACUGUCGUGUAGUCUCUGUGUCUUGUUUUCACUCACCACCAUCAGCGUCGACACCACGACAGCGACGAUGGCAAGUAGCAAUGUGUCAGAUGAUGUCGCCUCCGUUUGUACCGUAUGUCUGGAGCCGUACAAGGGUCGCAAUCCUAAACUGCUGCCUUGUUUUCACACACUUUGCCUCCCUUGUUUGAAAGAUCUGGAGAAACAUCACAUGAAAAUGUCACCAGAUACAACAGUGAAUGAGGAAAUAGCAGUAAAUAGACCUUUGACUUUUCCCUGUCCAACAUGCAGAGCAGUUAUCAAAGUGCCAGCUGGUGGUGUCACCAAAUUCCAGACUAAUUUUUACUUAAACAACAACGCAGUGACCUGUGACGUUUGCGAUAGAGGAGAGGACGCCGUGUCCACGUGUACUGAGUGUGGUGACAACAUGUGUGUCACUUGCCAGCGGUACCACAACAAAUAUCUCUCCAAUCACCAGGUGCAACCUCUAACCUUUAAUUGCCAGCAAGCCUCUAAAGCUAGCAUUGAACCUGUAAAAGAGGGUACCAUUGUAGAACAACUGAAGGUGCUGGAGGAGGCACUGGUGACGAUGAGGGAAGAGGAGGACACGCUGCAGCGGGAGAGACAGGCGGUGGCUGGCGUCAUCACCAGGCGGGCCGACGCCGUGAGGGCGCUAGUGACGCAGGCGGAGGAAAGGAGUCAGAGGGCGCUGGCGGAAGCAGCCGAGAGUCUGGGUAAACAGAUUCAAGAAAAGAUAAUUACUAUACAAGACAGGUACUGUAGGAUCUGGCAGCUGUCCUCUCAGAGAGGAACAAAAGGUCAAUUAACUUCUGUCCCUAGCCACGAGCAAACAGCUUUACUCACUGACGAUGAUGUUCAGAUGUACAAGCAGCAGUGCAGCAGGGGCAGACAACUACAGACACUGCUGCACCAGUUUGACGACAGCGCCAUCAACAUGCAGGUCAUAGAAGCCUACAUCGGCACAGUGUCCAGUGGCACACAAUGUACAGGGGAGGACAGCAGCAGUUUGUUAUCAGCGGUUACCUGCAGUGAGACAAGGCCUCUAGAGAGGCAAGUAAGUGAUACACUGCUUACGUCACUGCCGUCAGACAUGACAAAACUGACACGUGACAUUGCAGACAUGAAGGACAAACUGCCGGCGUUGGAAACAACUACAAGCAGCUUAGAGAAACAACAGACAGCAGUUUUACAGUUGGAGGCUUUGAAGGAAGAGAACUCUAAUCUUCAAUCACAAGUUGUGUCUUUGAGAGAAGCGGACUCCAGGAUGCAGGAGAACAUGGACACUUUACAGCAAAAUGUGGAGAAAAUUAUAGGACAAUUUUCAGUUCUUCAAAAGGACAUAACAUAUAUUGAACACGAAUUGCAAGCAAUUAAGGUCAUUAACAUUAAACUACAGAAUGAUGUUGACAGUUCGCAGCAGGAAUCUUUGUUAAUUAAAACAGAAACUAAGAAGCUCCAAGAUGCCGCUGAGGAACUGAGUGAAAGUUUCAAAACCUUUAAAGCGAGUAGUUUGGUGGCAUUCAACGCCAGACUACAUGAAAGCAGUCCGGCAGGGGAUGUCAUCUUGAGUAAAGUUGACUGCAAUGUCGGGCAGGCCUACGACGACAAAACAGGCAUUUUCACCGUCCCUGUCACAGGCAUCUACUUCUUUAUGGCCAGAGCGAUGGCAGCUGAGGAACCCAGGCGCUUUUACGUGCAUAUCAUGGUGGACGGCUUGUCAGUUGCUGUGUCAGGAUCCUUUCGCGGAAAACCGUAUCAUGGAAUGAACUGUACUGUGCACUUAGUUCAGAGACUGAUAAAAGGACAGAAGGUAAUGUCGUACGUGGAGUGUAACGUUAACUUGAUCAGUAACACAACGUCGUUUUCUGGUGUACUCGUGCAGCCAGACUUUGAUAUCGGUUAAUAAUGGCUGCUAGUUUUGCUCAGUUUCAACAAAACAACAACAACAAUAAUAAAAUAAUACAAAGAUAAUACAUUGAAUGCUUUUCUUUAUUCAUCAGAUUAUCAAUUAUUGGUGUCGUUGGCAUUGCAUAAAACAAACAUUUAAGAUUUACCUCUUUUGCAAUCAGGAGAAAAACAAAACAAUAAUGCCAUCAUGAACUGUUCUGUGUACCUAUAACAUGAAACAAGAUAAAUGCAGUUUGAAUACCACUAACAGAAUCUAUUAAUGGUGCUGAUCAUUUAUGAAAACCAUUUAGUGUUUAGCAAUAAAACAACACUUUAGAAUGAUUGCGGGAACGUCUGAGCUGUAGUCAAGUGUUGUGAAAUUAAACUUCUGGAUAAAAUUGUUUUCAAGAAGAACUUUAAAUUUUCAGGCUUCAUUAGUAUCUUUUGAUGGGGAAGUAGAAAUUCCCCUGAGCUUAGCUGAGAAUUGUUUGACGCGUUGACUGUAAAUAACCAAUGCUCAAUAGUAAAUAUUCCCUGUUAACAACACAAACAAGAUGAGAUGUGUACGCUUAAGCAGAUAAAUCCUAGUUGAAAGAAUCUAGUGCACCAACUUUAUUUAUCAUAAAUAGAUUGCAUACACAAUUUGCAGGUAUUGUCCUAAUAAAUUGAGAAGACAACAGUCACUAGUCCACGUCUCUCUACAGUCAAGUUCAGACGAGAUAAUAAUAAAACACAAUACUUCAAUUUGAAGAUAUAUAUAUAUAAAGUAAGAAAAAAUCUAAACUUUCAACCACAAAUAAUUAAAAAAGCACCACAAAAAUAAAAAAUAAAGCUUAACAAAACACUCUUUUCAUUCCUCCUUUUGUUCACGUUUCGACUUUCAACAGUCUUGAAUGAAACUGUCGGUCAUCUCAUGACUUACUUACUGAUACUCCGAUCGCUCACCUUUUGCACCUUCUCCCCUCCUACUCCAUUUCUUUUCCCUUUUUCAGCUAAAUAAAAUAGCAGGUUUUCGAAAGUCCUUUAUAACUCUGUUUUUGAAACCACACAGAUAACUGAUAUAGAACACACAAUGACAAAAGUUCACGGGAAAUAAAUAUAAAGAUACUAUUAACCGUUCGCUAAGUUGACAUUGUUGUACUAACCAAACAUUAAAACAGUCUGGCUCCAUGUUUUAUUUGUCGUUUUAGUUUUUAGCGAAAUUUCUAAAAUGAAUAAAUUUUACAUUUUAAAAUGUAAAAGUUGAUAUUGUGUAGCUGGCAUACUUAAAAAUGAGAUGUUAUCAUAGACGAAAUAAAAGUAUAAUACGAA